UCAACAUAUAUAAAUUCCGAUUUGGAAGCAAAGUCUGUGACUAAAAAAUCUAGCUAGUUGCAGAUGGGAACAGUAGGGAAGGCGAAGAAGGAGCUAGAAGAGUUGUAUCUGGGCGUCCCAGAUGAAUCAGUGAACCUCACAUUCCAAGACUUGGCUCAACUCACCACCCAUCAAAACAAGCCCAAAUCUCCUCUCUCCAAGCUUCCUAGCAUAGACUUUCCGAGCCCCCACCACCACCACCGCCCUCACCACCACCACCAUGAUGAGACUAGCGUCGUCGAGAGAGGCGGGAGGCGCCGUCCCGGGAUUCCGCACUCUAAUAUUUGUGCCCUUUGUUGUAACUAUAUAUAUAUCUGUCGCCAUCGUUGCCUCGUUUGUGGAAGAGUUUAUUGCAGGCAAUGUGUGAGCGAUGGAAUGGGGGAGAUGACUCAAGGUAGAAAGUGCAUCGACUGUUUGGGAAGAAGAUUCAGCCAAAGGUACAUACACAAGGCAGGUAACAUGGGGUGGUGCAUGGCGUAUCCAUCGGUGGUGAAGCAGCAGGAGCUCAAGUGGGCGGAGAGAGGAGCCAGGAGAAGCGGUGAGAAUAGAUACCAAAAGAGUGCUGUGUCGUCGAGAUCGCGCAGCCCCGUGGCCGUGGGCCUAGCAACGCCGUCUAGGCAACACAGCAACCCUCCUUCCUUCGUCAUCAACUCUCCUUAUAAUUCCCCUACUAAUCACCACCCCAUGCCCUUUUAGUUACCUCUUACCCUUUCUUACUCUAUUAAUCAAUCGUCUUUGAUUUCGGAGUUUGUUUGGUAUAUCUUUUUAUUUAUUUUGUAUGUAAGACCAACCACUUAUAUUCCAUAUAUUAUUUCAU